CCUCCAAAUGCCGCAUUUCCCAGCGCUCCUGCCACUGCCCAUGAAAGUCCUCUCCUUCCGCCGGAGCCCGGGGGAGAGCACUGGAGGCACUGGCCAGGAGCGCACCCAGAUCCAGACUCAGACUCAGACUCAUACCCAGAGCAGGAGACAAAGCCUAGACCCCCUUCCAUAUCACGACGCCGUCUGGUGGUUCCCAGAGGCGGACCUCCACAUCAUGGGCAACCCGUGCGUGUGCGCCCUGGAGCUGCUGGGCAUGCUGGUGGGCUCGCUGGCCUGGUUCUGCUCGCUGGCCACCACGCUGCUGCCCCAGUGGCUCACGCUGUCCACCGAACUGCUGCCCAUGGAGAGCUUCGAGCAGGGCCUGUGGGAGACCUGCGUGGUGCAGGACAUGGGCGGCCUGGAGUGCCGCUCCUACGACACUAUCCUGGGCCUGCCGCCAGAGAUCCAGGUGGCUCGCAUCCUCAUGAGCCUGAGCCUGAGCUGCAGCCUGCUGGGGCUACUGGUGGCCGUGCCCGGCCUGAGCCAGGUGAAGAGCUGCCAGGGCGCCGAGGAGGACGAGGGCAAGCGUGCCAAGCGGGUGCUGAAGGUGAUCGCGGCGGGGCUGUGCAUGGUGGGCGGCGUGGUGGGGCUGGUGCCCGUGUCGGUGGCGGCGCACACCACCGUGGUGAAGUUCCACGACCACCGCGUGCCGGAGGUGAUCCCGCGCUGGGAGUUCGGAGACGCCAUCUUCAUCGGCUGGGUGGCCGGGUUCCUGCACAUCAUCGCCGGGGUACUGUUCAUCUGCUCGUGUCCCCGGAUCGGGUCUCGUCGGGGCCAGGCGCGCUUUGUCCCGCCGCAGCAGUCCCAUCACAGGCUGGAGGGCAGGACUAUCCAUAACUCCACCAACAAGCACUCAGAGUAUGUCUGAGUCCUGUCCUGUUACACUGUUCUGGGCAUGGAGAUUUGGGUGUGGAGGGUUGAUGGAGGCUUGGGAGGAAAAUAUGUUGAGUUUGGACCUGAAAUGAAUUUUUUUUUAUUGAACUGAAUGUCUAAAUCUCCUGGUGGAUGUUGCUAGAUCACGCAAGUUCAAAUCACAGUCAUUGUGUUAUCUUAAGGCAAGGGAAAGCAUUGGAGUGAUUGCUGAUGUUUUUCUGUGGACAUCACCUCUCUUUGUCUCUGGAUCAGUGUUACAUUUUAACAGCAAGGCAAAACAUUGCUUUUUUGUCAGGUAAUACUUUUUUACAUACUCUCACAGCGCACAUUAUAUCUCAGAAGAUUACAUAGACACAUAUAGACCAAUAACGUAUGCAUGGUAUCAUAUCCAUAUAUCAAGCGGCAAUAUGCAGUAUAGUAUACUUGCUAGUUCAAACAUAUGAAUUGUUCAAUAUAUAUGGACAUUUUCAUACUUUGAAUUUUUUUAUUCAUUUAAACUGUGAGCUCAGUAAUGCUAAUGUCUUUUUGUUUGCAGACAUUCCACAUUUGUUUAUCCAAUAUUAAUGAUCGGAUAAAUGUUUUGAUAAAAUCUUUUCAACCACAGAUUGUAUCAGCUGUAUUUCACUGUACAAAAUAGUAGAGACUGUGAAUGAGAGUGAACGGCACGAGUCUCAUACCUUUAAAAAAAGCAUGACCUGAAAGGUCUUUCUUAUGACUGUAUAUUGCAAUUAGCCAACUGUACUGCAAUUUUGCAACCUACUGUAAUUUAGAAACCUACUGGUGGCACCACAAUUUCACUGUAACACCACACACGCACCCUCACAGAAACACUUGAAAGACUGAAGAGGACAAAAAAGCACACACCAUGUGUUGUGGUUUUGUAAAUAAAAAGUGAAAUGUUUUGAGUAUGUGUGGAAACAAAGUGAUUUAUAAAGACUUUACAUUUGCAUAUGGACUUUUAAUGUGCACUUCUUGGCUAUUUGUACCAAUGCAGUACAAUCAUGUAAACAAUCACUCUUGUUGAUGUAAUCAUACUAUACUUUAGGGGAUACACAGUUUUACAAUUACGGCGAAGCAACAAGCAAAUCUCCUGCACACACCCUGACAAACUUGGAGAGAGAGAGAACAGCAUCUUAAUGUCAAAAACAGGCCAGCUUCACUUCAAGUAGGCCUAUAAGUACACCUACAGUAAUUCUCAGGUUCCGGCCAUUAAAACUCCAGUCCUGUACAAAUAAAUGUAAAAAGAAAAAAGUAUUGGUGAAAGACCCGCCUAAACGUGACCAAUUAUGUCCAGCAUACGCAUACGUGAACACUAAAUCUUUAAAAUGGACCCAGUAAAGACAGACGCUGACGCUGGGGUACAGUACAAGCAAGGGACAUAAAACCUUCAGCCAGAAUGGGCUAUCUAAACGGGGCAGUAAAACAGUCCACUAAAAAAAAGAACCAAGAAAAGAAAAGCCUCCUCGCUGUGUUGUGAAGAGGGCUUGAGGCUAAUGGGCUGUGAUUUCUCUUUCGUCAGUCUCCAGGAUAAGCUGCGUUUAACAAUCAGCCUAACGAGCAGCAGCAAACACGCCCCAUGACGAGGAAUGUAUUCUGGACAGCUUGCACUGCAGACGUUACAGUGUUAAUUCAACACUUUGAGAGUAAUAACAACUCUGCGAGUGGUAAACUCAACUCCCUGAGUGUAGCAUUAGCACGGCACAAUUUACGGAGUGGCUCUCCACUUUCUCCCCAUAAGAUAAUUACCCAAACCUGCCAAGGUCAAAGAGGACAUAUGGCUACUACCCCUUGCCCUGCGCUCAACAGACCUGCCUCAAUCACUCUGGGACACAGGAUAAUGUGUUUAGUACGUCCAUAACUUGGGCUACAUGCUGUGCACUCACUGUAUGAAAGUACGGUGGGUUGGCCUACUAUAAUCAGGGCACAUGAAUGUGCUGCAUUGUUUUGAGCAUUCUUUGUUGUACAGUAUUCCAUGUGGUUCUUCAAUUGCGCUUAGUGCACAUAAUGUAAGGCUGCGGAUCUCAGGGUGUGUCUGCUAAGUCAGUGUUUCCCAACCUUUUUUGUCUUGUGUACCCCCAUAAGCCUUUUCAGUGUGCCAUGAGUACCCCCUAAGUCAUGUUCUAUAUCGCGUUCUAUAUUCCAAUGUAACUAAGGUCCAUACAUUUGUUAAAACUAUAUCUUUCCAAGUACCCCCUGCAGUGUGCUCGCAUACCCCUAGUGGUACACGUACCCCUGGUUGGGAACCACUGUGCUAAGUGACCUGACCACAGCGUUCCUCAGAAUUAAGCAGGGCCCAACCUGCUUGAACUGAAGUCACUUUUUUUGUCAGUAGCUUUUGUUCAACUUAUGCAUGUGUAAGGACUUUUUAAGGACAUGGGGGUUGAACGACUUGGCUUGUUUUGUAACAGCAUGACCGCAGAUUGUGUGUGUGAACACUGUCAAAUUACAGCUUCAAGACACAUGCUUUAGCUGCUUGAUGCGACUUGACCAGUGAGAUGAUGAGGGAAAUUAUGUUUAUCACCCCGGUUAACCAUGAAGACAAGGGGACUGGCUGCCACAGAGAGGUCUGGGAACCACAAUGAAGAGCUCAGCUGAUCCCGUGACGCUCCUCUCCUCUACUCCCUGCGUGGUCUGGAGACCUCCUGACGCCAACCAAGCAAGUCAGAGGAGCUGUUUAGGACGCACCCGAUUAGUUUCCUGCAGAUAGGAGAAGCUCCUGCACAGCAGCAACAAUCGCAUAAUGAUGGCCCAAAAUGGUGUUUACGUGUUUUGUUGUGAUUAGGG